CUUCUACGCCCCUCAGCUCCAACGUUAUGACGACUCUGCGGUGCUGCUGCGGUCUUACCCCCAAGAUGAACCCCAAAGCUUACCAAGAUUUUUGAAACCGUGACACAAGCAACACAAAUCUCGUACAAAGCUCGCCGCAUAUUAGUCUGGAUGAAUUGCUUUCCGUGGUAUCCGCCUCGCCUCACUAGCAUCCAUAGUCAAGUCCUUAGUCCUAGACCUGUCCCGUACGCGGUAUCGACAUCUCCUCGUCUCAGCUUGUUCUUGAAGCUUAUGCUUGUUGGGAUAACCUCCAAGCCCAGCCUUUCUUUGCGAUCCUGCAAUGCUGUCCGAGUGUUGGGACCCACGUCUUCCGGGCCCGUGUAAUCACUACCGUGCCAAUUGACUUGUUCAUCGGACAGUAGCCCGAACCCCAACGCGCCUUAGCCUUCGCGAAUCCGUACCGAAUGCCCCGAAGGCGGAUACGGAGAAUCCCAAAGAAAAAGGCCGCAAACGCUGAGCUCAGUCCAGGUGUACUCUCAACCAACCCAGGUGCACUCUCAGCCCAGUUCAUGAGUCCAGCCUGACCGAAAUGCUCCACCGGAAUUUAACCCGGCAACAGUGCCACAGCGCGGUAUAAGCGCCGAACCAACUUAUAGCCUCACCAGUGUCCGAAGUCGCUCAUGACGAAACAGCCAAGGAGAUCAUGAGACAGAGAGUCAAGCCUCAGACUGGCCAAGCAAUACCCGCUUCAGGAUGCCUCAGCCUGCUUCGGCAGCCGGAUACUUUAAAGCGACAACAAGACGAUGCUGUUGAGCCACGCUUGGUAACACCGAAUUCCGAUUGACUCGGCUCAUGCAGACUCAAAAUCCCCAUCGGAGAUGCAAGUAACAUUUGAUAUCGGGAUAAAAGGUAAUAAUCAAGUUCCGCUUGCUUCGGUCCAUAUUAGCCGCCAAAUUCUGCCGCCGAAAUUAUCUUGAGAACGGAUCAAGUCGUCCAUUUUCACUCAUCCCAUGUACAUGGAGAUUAAACUAUCCGAACAUUCAUCCAGCCUCUCAAAUAAUAGGUGAAAAGAGCCACCGUAACUACGGGUUCAUUGAAUGUUCAAAGGUCACGAUAACCCCCAAGAACCAAUGUUGUCACGAAAAGUAUGGAUGCACCAUGAUGUUGAGAGUUCUCCAACUUGCCCGUUAUUACCAUGAAAUCUUUCGGAUUGGUCGGUAUCUUUCUCUCCAAACAAGAGCUUUGAGACACCGUCAAGUCCGUCUGCUUCCGAGCCGAGGAAUCUAUCUGCCAUAGGAUUUCAUAAUCCGAAGAGGCUCUAACGCUGAAGACAUAGGCUGCACAUCACCCACUCCAGCUCGUGGGGGUGCAAGCUGCUUAAUACAGGCGACAACGCCCAUUGUGCCAGACAUCGCGACCCAUGACAAGUGAGAAUCGGGGGGUUUCAUAAUAUAUUGAUUCAAGAAAGCAACACCAGGUCUUGGCAUUUGAGACUUCAGCCAUACAAUUGAACCUAUGUGGCUUGAGAUAGUAUUCAUAGAAGCUUAAUUACCCUGAAAAUAUACGUGGAGGAGCAGGAUGUUUCCCGUCCCCUUAUUCAUGCUCGCAGUGGCUGUGACAACGCCCUGAUAUACGUUCUUCAGUGGCAUCUUAUUCUGGAAAGAGUAUUUUGGAAUCGAGUUCCCAUCAUAAUCAUUGUCUUUUAUUUUAUACUAAGGUAUGAGGAUAUCUGAAGAGGAAGUAUCUCGUAGAGGGCACGUGAUGUUCAAGUCCCACUUAAUUUAGGCCGUUUUCCGGAAAAUGAGGCUAGAGCGAAUCAUAGAAGGCUAUCAUCAGAUCCAUCUUCUUCCAUACACCAACAGUUGCCAUCGCAAUCGCAAUCGCGUCGCACCGCCGCAAAGCACCGCCGAACCCUUUCGAUAAAAGCUGCGGACGCUGGGAAUCUCUUGAAAGAGGAACUUGAGCAGAAUCUGGCUCAAGGUACGUUUUCUUGCAAACACUACACCGCUUCCUCGUAUAUCCGCUUGUAUUCAUCAUGGCGUACCCUCCUCCUCCAGGCAUCAGCAACAGCUCUCUCCCACCGAGACCGCCCGCCUCCAAGUCAGGCUUCAAACCUGCGUUUUCCUCGGCGGCCCAGGCUGCUUCGAAGCCAGCGUACUCGAACGCUCCGCCGACGUACUCCGGCCUUUCGAGUUACUCUGCUCCCAAUGCCCCAUCCACAACUCAGUAUGGCCCAUCGUACUCUUCGUACCCGACUUCUGCUCCCGGCGCGGUGAACUCGGGUCCCGCAUAUUCGUAUCCUCAACAGCCACAGAGUUACAGUACCCAGAACUACGGCGUACAAAGCUAUGGCCCUCAGAGCUACGAACCGCAAAGCUAUGGCGCAGCACCACAGAUUGCGAAUCCAUUCCCUACGCCAGGCGCUGCGGGGACCGACUACAACCCCGAGAUGGCCGCCCAGAUAGCGCAAUGGCAGAGCGCAUAUUCGAGCACCCCGACAGAUAGCAAGGAUAAGGCCCCUGGGUUUGCCGGGCCUCGAACAGAUGGCCAAUCUUCUGCGGCCGCGGCGGCUACCACUGCAAAUCAGGAGCGAAAGAAGACAGUCAUCCGAGAAGGCGGUGGUAAGAAGUGGACAGACGACAGUCUUCUCGAAUGGGAUCCCUCCCAUUUACGACUUUUUGUCGGUAAUCUUGCAGGCGAGACCACUGACGACGCCCUUCUCAAGGCUUUCUCGCGCUGGCCAUCUGUCCAAAAGGCCCGUGUCAUUCGUGACAAGCGUACAUCCAAGUCCAAGGGCUACGGUUUUGUCAGUUUCAGCGACGCUGACGACUUUUUCCAAGCCGCCAAAGAAAUGAACAACAAAUACAUUCAGAGUCACCCUGUAACAGUUCGCAAAGCCAACACCGAAAUCAAGGUAGCCAAUGUCAAGGAGAAGGACAGACAUGGAAAGAAGAAUAAAAAUAAGAAGGGUAGUCAUGGCGGUGGAAAUCAUGGGGCUGGCUAUGAACCCAGCUUAGGGCCCAUGGGUGGCAGUGGAGUGGUCAAGCCUGGACAAAAGACCAAGAAUGGCCUUCGCCUGCUUGGCUAAGCGUUUGACGAACUGUUCGACGGAGCAAGUGUUGCGUUUUGGUGUUUGGUGUUUGCAGAGGGAUCGUACAUACCCGGUUUAAGUGUAGUAAUUCCAUGAAGAAUAUCCGGUCCACUGCAGGGUAUCUGGGUUCGUUUACAUUGCAAUGGUAUAACUCGAUCAUCUUAUUUCGUGUUGACCAUGUCCUUCAAAAAGUCGCUGGCUUGGUUUUACUCUUCACUUGUGC